AUGAGAGUCUUUUAUUGUUUGGUAUUGUUGUCGUUUUCGCUUAUCCAUGUUUCUGGUAUGAGUAUGUCCUAUGAACGAUAUCACGAUUAUCUAGGAUUUUACACUUGCAACAGACAAAUCAAAAAAUCAAUUACGUUUUGUGGUAAACUGUCGAAUUAUACUUGUUUAUGUUCAAAUUCCAACUCAUUGGCCACGUAUGCCGGUUGUUUGAGUCACAAUCAUAGGAAUACAACCAAACAAAAACGAAAAUUAGUAUCAUUUUGUGCUCAUUACGGGAAUGUUGAAGUUGAUUCCAACUGGUAUGAUAGUGCAAUUGCCAAUUAUAUUGCCAAUGGUAAAUAUGCCAGUGAAAUCGAGAAUUUUAAUAAGUCUGUCCCUCUCAAGGUCCCAUUCAAAUUCACUAAUGCACAAUUGGAUCUUUAUGCUGCUGCGUAUGUGCAAUAUUUAAAUAAUUAUGACAAUUCGGUCUACUAUGGUGCGUCGUUACUAGGAUAUUGGCUCUUGGUUAUGUGUGCUAGCAGUUUAUUUUAUUGGAGUAAAUUCUUGUUUCCACAAUUGACAAAGAAAUUGACCUAUACGCCAAUCAGUAUUUGGAGAAAGUACAUCUCUGUACCAGCAACAUUCACCAAGAAAAAGUGUCAAGAGCAGAGAUGCUUUAAGUUUUUCGAUUUUUUGAUCCCCACCCGGUUUGAAAGUAUUAUCAUUGCCGGUUUUUAUAUUUUGGUGAUCAUAGUUCAUCUGAUCAAUAUGGAAUUUAUCAAGGGAGAUCCAUUUCUACUAAACAAAUACGAUGCUCAAAUAAGAUAUGUUGCUGAUAGAACAGGUAUUGUGGCCACAGUUGGCUGUGGUUUCGCUAGAUAG